AUGGCGUACGUGGGAUGGGUUGAAUUAAAGUUUCAAGUCCAAGAUUCUGCAAAUGGAGUUUCUGUCCCCUUUUUGGUAACCCAAGAAAACUUAGAACUACCUUUAGUAGGUUUUAAUGUUAUAGAACACAUGAUCAACUCGGGAACACUUCAGGAGAACGAUAUCCUAACCAGUUUUGUCGGGAUCAACACCCACAACGCAGUGACGUUGCUGGACUUGGUGAAAGAGAUAAAUCAUGGCGAACUAUGCCUUGUGAAAACUCCCAAAAAAGACCCUGUUAUUCCUCGAGGUAUUCCAAAAGUAGCAAAAAUACGUUGUAGACUAUCGCGAGCUCAAACAAAAAUCAGGGGUAGAUCGUCACCCAAUCCCGCGCAUUCAAGAGACUCUAGAUAA